AUUCAGACAUCUUGUGAAAUCAACUGAAAGUAGCAAACAUGUUCUUCUUAAACCCUUCUAUUUCGAUAACUUGCUUUUGUACACUAAUCUCAAUUACAUCUGCUGCAGUGUCUCGUAUCAUCUACAAGGAUGUGGCGAUUCUCGGAGGUGGGGCAUCAGGUUCUCACGCUGCUGUAAGACUUCGGGAGGAUUUUAACAAGAGCAUUAUUAUUAUCGACAGGCAGGAAAAUCUGGUGUGUCUACUAAGAUCUUCCAUUUCUUUUUGUGUGUGGGGCUAACCAAUCUACAGGGCGGCCAUGUUGAAACCUACACAGACCCAGUUACCGGAAACCCAUAUGACUAUGGUGUCAACUCAUACACGGAAUACGGCAAAGCGAGGGAAUUCUUCGCUCGAUUCAACGUCUCUCUCGUUAAUCCUACAUCUCUAAAAUUAAAUACCUCAUAUAUCGACUUCACUUCUGGAAAGCUUCUGCCUGGAUAUCUAUCUCCAGUUUCCGCUGAUGUCACAGCGGCACUCAUACGAUAUCUCGAUGUGACUUCAAAAUAUGAAGAUAUGGUUAUCCCAUCCUACGAACGGUUUCCAGAAGACGUGCCUGAUGAGUUGCUCACGAGAUUCUCAGACAUUGUCAUCAAAUACAACCUUCAAGCUUGUCUUCCUCUGAUUUAUCAAAUCACCGGUUUCGGACUGGGUAAUAUGGCAGAUGAACUUUUCCUUUUCGUGAUGUCCGAGUUCAGUGCACCCAUGGCUCGUGUUGUUCUAGGCCAAAAGAAUAGUUGGGUACCAUCUACGCGUCGAAAUCAAGACCUCUACGACAACAUUGCGGAGUUUCUCGAUGGCGAUGUUCUCUACUCAACCACAGUCGUUAAAUCAACCAGAACUUCCAAAGGAGUAGAGCUUCUCGUGCGUAACACUGCUGGAGAAUCUCACAAAAUCAUCGCCAAAAGACUUCUCAUUUCAUUUGCACUCACCCCUGAAAAUACUGCGACUCUUUCCCUCUCGUCCGCUGAGAAGGAAAUAUUCUCAAAAUGGAAACUCUCCCACGGCUACUGCGGAAUCGUCACAUCUCCAGCCCUAUCUCCAAACAUCUCCCUCAUAAACCUUCCAGCUUCAGCUGCACCCCAAAACUAUCUCUCAUUUCCCUCUGCCCCCUUCGUAGUUCGCUAUCAAUAUCUCGGCGACACCAACUUCCGAAUCCUCAUCACCGGAACCGAGAAUUUCACACUUCCCCUCGCUAGAACCCUCGCCCAAGAAACUUUCCAGACCCUAAUUUCCGCGGGCAACAUUCCUCAGAUUGAGGGUGGAGAUUUGGACUUCGAAGCUUUCCAGGAACAUACUACCACAAAACAAUUCAUACCAAUAGAGGACGUGAAAAAUGGCUUUUACAGGAAGUUGUAUGCUUUGCAAGGGGAGAGGAGUACAUGGUAUACGGGACGUGCUUGGAGCGGUCAGUUUACUACUAUAUUGUGGGAGUUCAAUGAUAUAUGGUUGUUACCUAGAUUGCUAGAUAGUCUCUAGCAACUUGAGCUGUUUUGAUUUCGAUUUUUGCAGAUGAUCAUUGGGGGUGGAUCGUCUGAAAAGUCUUGGAUAAUUUGAGAAUAAAGUUCAUUUUGCUGAAUAGCUUUAUCUGGUAUUGUUCCUUGGGUAGUAGAUUCACAUUGACGAUGAAGUUUACUUGUCUUUCCCAGAUGUUUGUUUCUUUGACAAGAAUGAGCUGAACGAGCCUAAAGAGAAUUAGCAGGAUCAAUGGUUUGAAGCUUUUAGGAAGGACCAGAAGGUAUGUCUAAAAAAGAUCGAAAAUGCGUGCAAAGAUAUCCACGGCAAUCAAAUUCAAAAUGUCACCUUAUAUUACC